UGUUGCCGGGACGAAAUACAAGCGCAGGUUAAUUUGUGAAAUAAAUAAUAAAUAUUUUACGAUUACGUUUUAUAUUUACUGUGUUCGUGCUAUGGGAUUUCAAUAACUGAUCAUCAAAUCUCAUUGAAAGUCUGAUGUAAAAAUGGGCAGGUCGAAGUUAAAAAAGAAAAAGAAGUGGACGAAGAACUUGAGGGAGGAGCCAGAGGUUUCCGAUGUCCCUGUACCUAAUUUACCGGAGAAGUUUCUUUUAAUGCGCGUGAAAAGCGGCACCAAGAUUCGAAACGUUCUUGGAUACGCACUGAAGGAAUUUCCGAAUUACGGCAGUGUCGUGUGGACGUCGGCGGGUCACGGGGUUGGAAAGGCUAUUUCUUGCGCGGAACUGUUCAAACAGAAACACGAAGGACUUCACCAGAUCACAAAAUUGCGUUACACUCGAUCAGAAAAGUCUAAAACGGAGAAUGAAGAGGGCACCAAAACGGAUACCCGUCACGUACCGGAAAUAUACAUCUCACUGACGAAAGACGUGAAGGAUAACACGGAACCCGGCUAUCAGGCACCCGACGAUCGCGGGGAAUUCUUGAAUGGACAAGAACCGAAAAAUGGGAAGAAAGGAGGGAGCAAGGAGGCUGGUAGUAAUGUGACCUGCAUCGAUGCCGAGGAAUUCGCGGCGAUGGGGUUGAGAACUGGUCAGAAAAGGCCGAAAAAAGAGCAGCAAACAGAAGCACCGCCGAAGAAAAAUAAAAAGCGAAGAAACGAUAAUCGAUAA